AUGGCGCCGAAUAACAAACUUCGUAAAACAAUGUCUAAAGAAAGGGAAUUGCCUGAUUGCAUAGAGCAAUUGAGAAUUGCCACUAAAUCAAUGAUUUCUGAUACGAGUACCAACGGAUCUUGUCAUAGAAAGUCAUUAGACGCACCUUUUGGCCAUGUUAAGCUAUGGAAUAAUAAUAAAUACCAAAAUUGCAGCAAAUGUGUAACUGGUUGCACUUUUCCAUCUUCAUCAACUAAAUUUAAGCCAGUUAAGCCAAAAGUAAGAGGAUUUGGUAAUCCCAUAUUAAGGGAUUCUGUGUUAAAGUUAUGUGAUGACAUGAAUAACAUUUGCAUUAAAAAGUGUUCUGUCCCCAAAAAUCAUAAUAAAGAAUUAAAUUGUUUAGUGAAUAAAUCAAAUAAUAGUAAUAUAAGUUUUAAUUCUGUAAGUGAUUUAAAAAGUGAUUUGAACAAGAAAAUUACAGGUAAAAGUUAUUCGGUUAAACAAAGCAAAUUUAAAGAUUCUGAUAAAAAAAGAUACAGUGAUCAAAGUUUAUUAGAAAGCAAAGAACAGCAACCUAUUUUAGCUCGAUUAAGUGAUGUUUCUUGUUCCCAACAAGCCAGGAUGGGUGCAGAUGACACAACAAUUGAUGACUUGACUGGUUACUUAGAUGAUAUUCUUCACAUUCCUAAAAAAAUGUCUCAUAUGGCAGAAAUGAUGUAUAUUUGA